AUGACCAGGCCCGACGGCACCUAUCCGCUCGAGCCCUCCGCGGUCGUCGACCACGUCCACAGCGCCGAGGCGACGCAGGAACCGCUCAACGUCAAGCAGCAGCUGCAGCAGCAGGCCAAGCUCGACGUGCGGACGCAGCCGGGCAGCGCCGAUGCCGAGACCCGGGCGAGGAACAAGACGGCGCCGCUGCUGGGCGAGGACCCCCUGCGCGGCCGCAUCGACCAUGCCGCCAAGCUGCGGCAGACGGCGCGCGACUUCCGCAGCGAUACCAUCACCGUGCCCACCGAUGAGAUGCUGCGCGCCAUGGUCGAGGCGAGCCGCGGCGACGACGUGUACGGCGAGGACGACACCACCAACAGCUUCCAGGCCGAGAUCGCCGCCCUGACGGGCAAGGAGUCGGCGCUCUACGUGCCGUCCGGCACCCUCUCGAACCAGCUCGGCCUGCGCACCCACCUGCUGCAGCCGCCCUACACGGUGCUGUGCGACACGCGCUCCCACAUCCACCGGUACGAGGCGGGCGGCCUGGCGUUCCACUCGGCCGCCUCGACCGAGCUGGUGACGCCCUCCAACGGCCACCACCUCCGCUGGGACGAAGACAUCCUGCCCAACCUCUCGCUCGACGACGACAUCCACUUUUCGCCCACCCGCAUCAUCUCGCUCGAGAACACGCUCAACGGAACCAUCUUUCCGCAGGACGAGAUCAUCAAGAUCUCGACCGAGGCGCGCAAGCUGGGCCUCAUCAUGCACCUCGACGGCGCGCGCAUCUGGAACGUGGCCGCCGAGACGGGCCUCAGCCUGCGCGAGCUGUGCGACCCCUUUGACUCGGUGUCGCUCUGCCUCAGCAAGGGCCUCAGCGCGCCUAUCGGCAGCAUCCUGGUGGGGCCGUCCAAGUUUAUCAAAAAGGCCCGCCACUUCCGCAAGCUGUUUGGCGCCGGCGUGAGGCAGGUCGGCCCGCUCGUCGCGGCGGCGCGCGUCGGCGUGCAGUCCGUCUACCCCAAGCUGGCGGCCACCCACGAGCUGGCCCGGUACGCCGGGCGCGAGCUCGAGAAGCUCGGCGUCCGGCUGACGGCGCCCGUCGAGACCAGCAUGGUCUUUAUGGACACGUCGCCGCUCGACAUCCCCAUCUCGGAGCUCCCCAUCAAGCUCGGCGGCGGAAGGAUGGUGUGCCACCACCAGAUCGACCCGGCCGCCGUCGACGACCUGCUCGCGCUCAUUGCCCAGAUGGCCGAGGAGAAGAGGAACGGCACCGGGCCCGCGGCCACGUCGGCGUCGGCGUCGGCGGGCGGCAAGAGCCUCUACGGCAACACGACGGGCGCCGGCGCCGGCGCUGCCACGGCGACGGACCGCGCCUCGGCGCAGAACGGCAAGGCGGCCAGCGACUCGUCGCGCAGCGUCUUCAACACGAUUGCCACCUCGUCGCACAACAACGGCUACCACGGCCUGAUGAAGCACAGCGUCUCGCUGGUGCUGCCCUUCCCCAGCCGCGACCUGGCCCAGGCGCUGGCCAGCACCAUCAGCGUCGACAAGGAGCUGCGGCCCAAGGACACGCGCAAGGAGUUUACCAUCCUGCCCGCCUCGCCCUCGGUCGACCAGCAGGAGCGCGUCGACCUGGGCGUCAAGAUCUUUGCCACCACGGUGCGCCAGCUUCGCCUCAGCGUCAAUGCCUUCCUCGAGGACGCCGCGCUCGUCUGCCGCACCAUGGCCGAGUUUGACCCGCUGCAGCGCCAGCUCGACGAGGCCAGGAAGCUCCAGCUCGACACCGAGCUCGAGCAGGGCAGCGUCGGCUUCGCCGGCUGA